AUGACCGGUGCGGACGUCGGAGACGAAAAUGAAGGGACGACAGUCCCUCGUUACAAUGAAGUACUUCCGCUGGUGUUCCAGGGGACCUCGUCGCUUCUAACUCGCGGCGAUCGACGGAGAUGUGUAGCAAAUAAAUACAAGCAACUAGACAACCAGGAAUUCGAAAGAACAGAAAAUAUAGAUACUGUUAAACCUAUAAAAGCUCUACCAAUAUUUAUUUCAGGAGUCAAUAAUAUUAGUCCGUUAAUAAACAUGCUAAAUCUAAUUACUCAAGACAAUUAUACUAUUAAAGUUAAAAACCAAGAAAUACUACAGCACUUCCAAUCCAAGGUCUUAAGAAUGAUUCUAGAUGCUCCAUGGUUUAUAACCAACGAUUUCAUACAACACGACCUCCAAAUACCGAGCGUCAAAAGAGAAAUUGUAAAGUGUUUUCAAAAGGACGGCGGCACACAGCUAAAAUUAAUCAUUGAUUAUGGCGAUAACACGCAAGCAUUGUUCAAACCAAUGCGAUUUCCACGAGAGCAACAGACUUUGCCGAAUCAUUUCUACUUCACGGACUUCGAGAGACAUACCGCUGAAAUAGCCUCCUUCCAUCUAGACAGGCUUCUGGGAUUCCACAGAGCGAUGCCGGUAAGCGGCCGAACUCUCAAUGUUACUACAGAAGUUUAUCAGAUUGCCGACGGCGAGCUGCUCAAGACGUUCUUUGUAAGUCCGGCUGGCAAUCUGUGCUUCCAUGGCAAAUGCAGUUACUAUUGUGACACCGCACACGCGAUUUGCGGUAGCCCGGACACCCUGGAGGGCAGCUUCGCCGCCUUUCUGCCCGACAAAGCCUUCGCGGCCAGGAAGGCUUGGCGACACCCUUGGCGUAGGAGUUAUCACAAGCGGAAGAAGGCCCAGUGGGAAGACGAUUCCGACUAUUGUUCGCUGGUAAAAGAAAUCUCACCCUACGACGAGGGUCGAAGAUUGCUCGACCUGAUGGACAUGGCCGUCUUCGACUUUUUAACGGGCAACAUGGAUCGCCAUCAUUACGAGACGUUCAGGAUUUUUGGAAACGACAGCUUCACGUUGCAUCUGGACCACGGAAGGGGUUUCGGAAAACCCUUUCACGACGAGACGUCUAUUUUGGCACCUCUCUUACAAUGCUGCAUGAUUAGACAGACUACUUUAAGUACCCUACUCCGCUUCCACAACGGUCCUAUGCGGCUCAGCGCUGCUAUGCGGCAGAGCAUGGCGAAGGAUCCCGUGGCUCCUGUUUUAUGGGAACCCCAUCUAACCGCCUUGGACCGACGGAUAGGCAUCAUCCUGCAAGCCGUCCGCGGUUGCAUCGCCCGUGAAAACUCAUCGCAACAGGUUAUUCGCAGUGACGAAAUCGACUCGAAAUUAUAGUCUUUGAUUGUCGAUUUAGAAUAAUUAAUUGCGAUGUAAAAACCGUGUAAAGAAAUCUUUUUGUAAAGGCACUGAUUGAAUUCCGAGGAGAGGAUUUAAGUCCAUUUUUCUUUUUUUCAGUAAAUAUGCAUAGAAACUCACCGAUUUAACCACCACUUACAAUUAAAUAUGUUGUAAGUGGAUGUAAUUUCCUGUAAAAAUCCAAUUUCGGUUGACUUUUCUCUAUCAAUUUAUAGGUCGAAAUUAAAUUAAACCAUUUAUUUCUUUAAUUAAAUCGAU